GAUUUUGUCGCAGCUCUAGCAAGCAAAUAAAAAAUAAACCUAGAAAUAUUGAAGCGCUUCGCUUUUGUAUUUAUUUUGUGUUGUGAUCGAGUUCGUUGAUUCGAUCCGAAAGCCCCCAACCGAUCGCCAGCGGAGGACUCGACCUUGGAGGCCAAUAGCCCGGCGUAGUUUACGCAACGCGAACCACACAAAAUUCGCGAUAUUGCACACCACAACAACAACAAUAGCGCACGGGGCAACAACAAAAACACUGGCGGUGAAGUGAAGAGAGAGGAGAACUAAGAACAGAAGUGGGAGAAGCCAGAACCGAGAACGGCGGAGAGAGAAAGGAGAACGGCAGAGAAUAGAAGGAGACACAUAAACGCGAAAAGACCAACAGAAUCAUCAUGGCGAAUAUGGCAGUGUCGCGAAUCAAGCGGGAGUUCAAGGAGGUGAUGCGCAGCGAGGAGAUCGUCCAGUGUUCCAUCAAAAUCGAACUGGUCAAUGACAGUUGGACGGAGCUACGCGGCGAGAUUGCCGGUCCGCCGGACACACCCUACGAGGGCGGCAAGUUUAUCUUAGAGAUCAAAGUGCCCGAGACAUAUCCCUUCAAUCCGCCAAAGGUCCGCUUCAUAACACGCAUUUGGCAUCCGAAUAUUUCAUCGGUUACGGGCGCCAUUUGCCUAGACAUUCUCAAGGAUAAUUGGGCCGCAGCGAUGACACUGCGCACGGUGCUAUUGUCCCUGCAGGCACUAUUGGCUGCCGCCGAGCCAGACGAUCCGCAGGAUGCCGUGGUGGCGUAUCAGUUCAAGGACAAGUAUGAUCUUUUCCUUUUGACCGCCAAGCAUUGGACGAACGCCUAUGCCGGCGGUCCGCACACCUUUCCCGAUUGUGAUUCAAAGAUUCAACGCCUCAAGGACAUGGGCAUCGAUGAGCACGAUGCGCGCGCUGUUCUUUCGAAGGAAAACUGGAAUCUGGAGAAGGCAACAGAGUGCCUAUUCAGUUAGCUUGCUUGCUCCCGGCCUCACUUAGCACCAGUACCAUCAUCAACACCAGUAACUUCAACGACGACAACCCUUCAGAUUGGCAAACCACACUAAAUUCUAGUACAUCCGGCGGCAGGUGGCAGCGGUAGCGGUGGCGGUGGCAGUGGCGACGGCGUCAGUUACAGCAACAAGCAAUCACUACAAUCAGCAGCAGCAGCUAAAUCUCUGUCAUUUAAAUUUUUGCUAAAUGCCUAACACGCGGUAGUCUAAGACUAAGGCUAAGUCCCCUCCAUAAGAGCAGAACCCCUCUCUACGUAGCGAACACAAAAUCAUAAUUGUAAAUUGUUGUUUUGGUUUACGGAAUUGCAUUUGGCCCUUGUAAUUUCCAUAUUUCAAGUUUCUGUUCCUUAUUUUAUUAUUUUGUAUUUUUUUUUCAUUAACCGCACAUUGCCAGAGGUUGAGCCUAAGGCAAACGCGCCUCUACGUCAAACAUGCGCCAUGCAAUUGGGCCCAGGGUUCCGUUUCAGUCGCAUUUACUUGCAACAAAACUGCUCCAUCAUUUUAAACGAUGGUACAUUUAAUAUUCUCUACAAAAUCUUUAUUUAUGCCACAAAACAAAAAUUAUUAAGCAAACAAAUUAAUUGUGAAAAUGUGUGAAGUGUCUAACAAACAAAUUGAAGUCUUUGUAAAUUGCGUUAAGUUAAUAAAUAAAUAAAUAAAC